GGCGGUCACACUCCUCACCAACUCUCCCUGCAUGCUCCCGCCGGCAAUACUUCGCGCGCGCCUCGCAUCUGCUCCUGCCAACGGGCACACCACGUUUCUGCCACAGAUACGAAAGCUUGUGUUCGAAUUCUGCAACGACUGGCCGUCCUCUGCCAACACACGAACUUUUCUCCAGCGAGAGCUCAUUCCCUUUGCUCGCGAAAACCCGCAUGUCGAGAUUGUAGUUAAGCAGCGUAAUCGCAAGGAACCAAUUGUCAGGGGUUUCUAUGUCAACGGCCGAGACAAGGUCAUUGCCCUGCACAAACUGGAGGUCACCGGUAUCCAUAAAAAGCUUGACCUCCUUUUGGAUGCUUCAGGAUUGAAGAUCAAGCCUCUCAAACGACGGACGAUAGAGAGCACAACGGAAGCUGCUCGCGGAAUCUGGAGUGGUCUGCAUGCUGAGCGGCCAACACUAUGAAAAGCCCACUGAUGGCGGGGCUCCGAGGUCCGGUCGGGCCUGGCCAAGCCCGCUUCCCAUUCGUUUCUUCAGACUUCCUGUAUUCGCGGUAACUUGAAUCUCAUUACGUGAUCACCUCA